UUUUGUUGCCAUUUGCUACCAAACCACCAUGAUACAACGAAUCCAACAUGGCAUUGCCCAAUUACUGGGAAUCAUUGGUCUAGAUGAAGCCAGUUUGAAAGUUUUACUAUGCACGUUGUUGUCGUUCCCCUUUAGUAUUGUAUUCAAGAGACUUCCUGAUACCAAAUACACGUUGAAGAAUUUGUACAAUAUUGCUGUCUCAGCAUUUUACAUCUUCGGCAUACUUGAUUUACAAUCGGGAUUGGGCACGUUGUUAUUCUCAUCAUUGGGAUGUUAUGUAAUUACCAGAUACUUGAGAACUCCAAGUAUGCCCUGGGUUAACUUCUUUUUCCUUAUGAGUCACUUGGCAUACAAUCAUUUUUACCAACAGUUCUUUCAUGAGUAUGACCGUAAUGUAAUUGACAUAACUGGUGCCCAAAUGGUAUUGGUUAUGAAAUUGUCUGCAUUUGGAUGGAAUAUCUAUGAUGGGAAGCAACCUACAGAGAAAUUGUCUAAAUAUGCACAAUCAAGGGCUAUCAAGGAACAUCCCAAUAUUAUUCCUUACAUUGGUUAUGUUUUCUUCUAUGCAUCUUUAUUGACUGGUCCUGCAUUUGAUUAUGCCGAUUAUGAUAAAUUUAUUCACUCGACCUUGUUUGACGAUGUUCCUGAUUCGAAGAGGUACAAGAAGAGGAGAAUUCCAAGAAGUGGCAGACAAGCAAUCAAGAAAACCUUGCAAGGGGUAUUCUGGGCCGUGUUGUUAUUUGAACUUCCAAAGUAUGUUUCUGUGGAGUAUGUAUUGAGCGGGAAGUUUGUUCAGGAAAAGUCGUUUAUAUAUCGAAUUUUCUAUUUAUGGAUCUUAAGUUUCUUUUAUCGGUUGAAAUACUACACAAUCUGGUCAAUUGCCGAAGGAGCUUGUAUUUUAUGCGGGAUCGGAUAUAAUGGGUACGACGAGAAAACAGACAGUUUUAAAUGGGAUCGUGUGCAAAACAUUGAUCCAGUCGCAUUUGAAACUGGUCAAAAUGUUCAUGUUUGUUUAGAAGCUUGGAAUCAAAAUACUAAUAAAUGGUUGAAAAACUAUAUCUAUUUACGUGUUACUAAACCUGGUAAAAGGCCGGGAUUUAAGAGUACAUUGUUUACAUUUGCCACUAGUGCAUUCUGGCAUGGUACUGAACCAGGAUAUUACUUGACUUUUGUUGGAGGUGCAUUAUUGCAAACACAAGGAAGAAUCUUUAGAAAGUAUCUAAGACCAAUCUUUAUGGAAGCCGAUGGUAAGACUGGGAAGCCAACUAAGAAGUUGUAUGACUUUUUAUGUUGGAUCUGUACUCAGCUAGCAUUUGGAUUCUAUACCCAACCAUUUAUGAUUUUGAAAUUGGGACCUUCACUUUAUGCAUGGUCCACCGUUUACUACUACCAAGUUUUUAUUACUUUGUUGACUUUAUUCUUAUUCAAAGGGCCAUUUGCUAAACCUGUGAUUAAAUUCUUCAAGUCAUUGCAUCCAGCUGAACCAAAGGUUGAAACCAAGCUCAAGUUAUCUAGCGAAGAGUCCAAGAUUGUUGCCCAAGCAGUUGAUUCUAAAUUGGGUGUUGAUUAUGAAAGUCCAACUUUGGGAGUUCCCCCCAUUGAUGUAUUGCAGAAUAUCAAUAAGGAAGAAAUCGAACAUGAUGUUGAUGAAAUAAAGAGAGCAUGGGUGUCAUUUAGAGGACGUAGACAUUCCAUCAAGGAGGAUGACUUAGAAGGUUUGAAGGAUGCCUAUAAUAACUUUGUUACUGAAAUUAACGAAAUUUAUACUAGUAAGAAGCAAGAAUAUUUGAGCAGUCCAAACAAGGAAAAGAAAAAUUAGUAUAAGAGCCAAAUGUAUAUAAUUUCUAGAAUUCAAAUUAAAUUUUCGCUACUCUCUACAUGGUUACACUUGACUUUAAUCUUCUUUCAAGGUGGUUACACAUGACUGUAAAGAGGUAGGCGGAAGUAAGCAAAAGAAAGUAAAACCAAGCAAAAGUUACCAGAAUAGGAUAAAUAUUUGGUGAACAAAAGGCAAUUUGGCUUCUCGUUUAGAAUAUAACCCUAUACGUCCAAUCACAUGGCCAAAUCUAUGGGUGAUUCCUUGAUGUUUCAAAUUUAGUUGUUUUGUACUAAAAUUUCUUAUCGAUUUGAUCUCGUAAAUUUCACUAAAAACUGCACCUGAUUGGACCAAAAAGUGCUUGGAUCGCUUGAUUUCAAGGGUUUAUUUAAGUUAAACUUGGUAAAACAAGAAUUGGAAGUAAAGUAGAACCGUACACUAUCACCUGAUAUCCAAACUGGUAUAGUUUCAAGACAUUUUUAC